AUAGAGACCGAAAGAAAAAAAUGUGGAGUAGGCGUGACGAGAAUGGAGAGGUUGAUCAACCAAGUCACUCAGUCCUGGUGCUCCUUUUUAAAUAAUAGCGGCGAGCUAGCAGUUUUAUGCGCGCUAUUGCAGCAGGCGAACGCGCGUUUCGUAUGGAAAGUCGAUCUGUUGUUGUGUGCUGUUGUGCGUCUGGUCCUGUGUGAUAUACACAUACACACAUAUACUCACACUCUUCGGCUUUGAUCUGUCUGUCCCCCCGUUUCUAUCUCAGGACGUUUUUUGGACGAUUUGGAUUCUUUUGUGUCUGUUCCGAUUUCCGAAAAAGGGCUCUAACCAUCCCCGAAUGAGUGCGAUGGCCGAGGUACCCACACAUUUUCCACCCCAGACGUACUCCUCGUCGUUCUUCCUCAACGCCAUUCCGGAGGAUGACAAAGUAAGCAGGUUUAAUGUUAAGCGUAAAACACUGCCGUCGCAGGAUUCCACGCCGAUCCUGGACUGCCUCAUCAAAACAUUUCUAUUUAGAAACAGGGACGAUGUUAAGGAUUCCAGCAAAUGCAGUAACGGCGAAAAGUUUUUAUUGCAGGCCGCUGAAAAAGAGCUCGAUGUUGACCUGUGGAAGUCCAAACACCACAAGGCGACACGCAGCGAGUCUCCAAGAAGCACCUUCAAGAAAUGGCGCAGAAACAACAGCCUGAAGACCCAGGCGACUAUUAAGGAAGCCAAGGAUAAGGCGGGCGAUGAGGAUAUGUCUCUUCUGAAAUUCCUGGCCAUUAAUGCACUCGAUUUGAGCGCACCGGCCAGCGAUGUCCUCCUGAAGAGCCGCAGCUCGAAUUGGUUCCAACUUUCGGGUCAUCCGGAUAGCCUGGCACCAGCCGGACCAGGCACCGUAUGGAAGAAGCGCUCUGGAAGCCAAGACGAUACCGAAAGGAUGGUAUACGAAGAACUUAGUCAGGACCCGUUCGUCAAUGACAUAGUCCCUAAGUACUACAGAGAAGUCGAAUACCAAGGCGAGAAGUUCAUCGAACUGCAAGACUUGCUCCACGGAUUCCAAGACCCGUACGUGAUCGAUAUCAAAAUGGGAACGCGAACUUUCCUGGAAUGCGAAGUGAACAAGACAACGGCCCGCAACGAUCUCUACCAGAAGAUGGUAGCGAUCGAUCCAUCGGCGCCGACCAGCGAGGAGCACGAGCUGCAAGCCGUCACCAAGUUGCGUUACAUGCAAUUCAGAGAGCAGCAAUCGUCUACCUGCAGCCACGGCUUCAGGAUCGAAGCUAUGAAAUGCAGAGGAUGCCCUCCCGUCACCGACCUGAAGAAAGUCAAGUCUACGGAUCAAGUGAUAAACACUCUGGAUAUGUUCAUCAACAACCGCGAAGACGUCAAGCAGAGGUUGCUGAAGAGGUUGAACGACAUGAGGACGAAGAUCGACCAAUCGGAGUAUUUCAGGAGGCACGAAGUGAUCGGCAGCAGUGUUUUCAUGAUCUACGACAACAAUAAAGUGGGUGUUUGGUUAAUAGACUUUGCGAAAACCAAGUUGCUUCCUGAUGAGAAGACUGUGAACCACAGGGAGAGUUGGGUGCAGGGAAACCACGAAGAAGGAUUACUCCACGGCUUCGAUCAACUUAUUAAUAUUAUCGAAGGUAUGGACACAUCCCAGAAACUGGAUGGAUUGGACAAGAAGAGUCUGCCUGCUGUGACUGUCAAAUCUUGAACGCAUCCAAGAGUUGAAUGAACUUUUGUGUACGUCCUGAAAAGACCCACAAAUGGUUUGGAUGUUUUGUUUUGAUUUUUCUUUCACGUUCCUCUUCGCACGCCUGUUAAAGUUUUGGUUACGCCCGUGCAGCAGCUCACGAUGUUCGAAGAUGAGACGAAGCAGCCAACAAAACCGACCCGUCUUGUAUUUAUGUGAAUUAACUUAUUUUCUAUUAAUUUGCCUCGUUUUUGUGACGCGAAUCUCAAGAUAUCCCAGGAUGUCAGUGUGUACUUUGUAUUUUCCUUCUCGAAAGACGCAUUUUCACCAUGAACGUCGUUUUCAUCUCUUCUCUAAUCUAAAUAUUUACAUUAAAAAAGAAACGACUGAUUGAUUGGAAGAAGGGUGAAAUUUGAACGAUUCCUGUGGAAGUGUCGUCAGGUGUUUACUUUCGUUUUCUAUUUUAAGUAUUAAUAGUUUAAGUCUUUGUAAUGAUGAAGAACACUUCUCUAGUCAGAUAAAUGUAAUCGAUUUAAUGUAAAUAUGUUUAAUAAGUAAGGAUUAUUUAUGUUUACUUUUAAGUUUUUGUACGACUCGUGUAAAAACACAAAUGGCUUUUUUAAAUGUACUUAUGUAUUAAAACACAGAAACAAAUCUA